AAAGAAAAUUAGAUAAAGACUCGACCUCCACCUGUUAAUCUCUAGUUUGACGAAGCAUAUUGUGGUCUCGAGAAAUUCUUCCUGUACAAAUGUAUCGUCUUGUAAUUCUGUUUUUUGUUGGCUUUGUCCGAGGACAGGUAUCUACUGCUGGCCCCUGUGGGGACAAAAUCGCCAACUGCGCAACGUAUGGCCAGGCCUCCUGUACUACGUACCCUGAUUGGGCCAAGGAGAACUGCAACAGCUACUGCAAGUUCUGUAAAGCUAAUCUGCCCUGUGAAGACGUGGACGCCAACUGCGGCAGCUACGACACUGCCACCUGCAACAACCCCCAGUUCAGCCACUGGGCCGAGACUCAGUGUCGUUACUACUGUCGACGUUGUUCAGCUGCGGCUCUAGCUGCCAAGGAUGCCUUGCAAACAACACUCCCUCCAUCAUUGUGCAAGGACAAGAUAGACUGUCAGGCUUACAAGCAGGAUUCAUGUACCCAAUAUCCUGGAUGGGCAAAGGAAAACUGCAUGGCGUUCUGUGGAAUCUGCAAAGGCGCCCCAACACCUCCACCAGUGUGUGCUGACACAAAUCCCGGAUGUGCAGGCUACGACAAGGCGACCACCUGCAAGGACCCCAAGUUCACCCUGUGGAUUCGGGCCAACUGCGCAAAAUACUGCGGUCUUUGCAGCGGUAGCGUUCAUUAA